AUGGUAGAACAGGAGCGACGAGGCUCAGUAACGCAGCUGCUGCUGGAGUGUGUGCAGCUGUAUGCCCCGCCCAGCCCCAACCACUACCCGCCCCCUGACCCGGACUGCUGGGACGACGCCCGACGACCGCCCCGCCAAGACAAAUCCAAACAACUCCCCAUUAUUUCACGUCCCAGAAACUAUGACCAGCGGGAACACACACAAAUGAUCCGUAAAGAUGCGAGAAUCGAGAGAGCAGUGAACAAGCAUGAGGCAGCAACACUCCUCCCACCAGAGCCACUGUCCAACACCGACAAUGUCAACAACACGGAUGGAGAUAUGACCAAAGUGGCCGUGGCGCCAGGUGGACCAGCCGGUAGAGGCACUACUUCUGGACAAAAGCCCAAAGGUGUGAUGAGCGGGUGUUCCGGGGCGUACCAGCAGGCGGUGUUAGAGGUCCGGGGACCGAUGCCAGACGAGAGCGUGGUGAUGCUGGGACUGCCAGGAGAUGAACCCGUCAUCCUCCACCACCAUCACCACCACCAGGACCAUCAGACCAUUAACACCUGUUCCUUCAGAGUGGCGAUGGCGGCGUCCAAGAUGAAGUCUGUGGGGCUGAGAGUGACCCGCCACCAGGUGGUGUCUUCCGGGGGCCGCGACGACGCCAGCGACACAACCUCCCUCUCACGUUCCAUGGUGGGGGGGAGGCGGCAUGACAGGCCAAGAACCGGAAAGAAGGUGUUUGAGGACGCGUACGUGAUGACCUGGAGUCAGCCCAUCCUGACGGCGGACGGCAGUGACUUCAGCAUCACCUUCAACAAGCCCAAGAAGGUGCGGGUGGUGCGCGUCGGGAAGGUACGGAGGAGGAGCCUGGCAGCAGAAGUGUUGCCGCCCCAAGAGGACCUGGAGCCGGCCAGGGAGGAGGCGGAGUGGCUGGCCUGGAGGAGGGUCCACGACAGAGUGGAGGAGUGGCUGAGGGACAACACCCGGGCCGACCCCGACGAGUCUCACGUCGUGGCCAUGUUACUGGAGACAGACAGCAAGAAGGCCGCGCUCCUCUCCAGUUGAUACUCAGCCUUCCUGGGUGACACCAACACCGCCCCUCU